GAAGAAACGAAGUUUUGUAUCUUUGAAAAUACCAUACCAUAAAAACGAUUAUCACGAAUUAAAAAUGGAUAAAAAACCAUUGUCUAAAAUAAUGAUACUUCUUUCCAAUAUCUAGGAAAUUAUUGACAUAAAGUAUAAUCUAACCUGAAAGAAUUUUCUUAAAAAUCCAAAAAUGAAAUAACUUACAUUGAAAAUAAGUUGGGCGCUUUGCGUUUUUUUUUUAAUUUAAAAUUAUCCCAUACAAUGAAAACAUCAUAUUCUUAAACUUGAUAAAGCUUUGGUAAAACAUAUUCAUUUAGUCACAGCUCCGUAUAUUCUAACAAAAAAUUUUCCCAGUGUAGAGUGCCGAGCCUAUGUGGUUCUUCAAUGGACAGCGGCGUGCAUAGUUUUAGUUGCGAAACAGUAAAUCUUACUAAAUGAAAUCUACACAUUUCAAUCUCUGGCAAAUUGUUUUGUUAACAAUGCUAACUUGAAGCAGAUGUGGGGUUUGAUUGGUUGGUAAAUUUCGGAUAAUCUUUAAACCCAAUAUCAAUUUCUAGAGAUUUCUGUUUACCAAAACUUUGUAAAACAACGAAAAUAUCUAUAAAACUAAUUGGGAUUAGGUAUGGGGAACCUAACAGAAAAUUUCGCAGAAGUCCAAAAAUGACUUAAUAUACCAGGUGAUCCAUUUAUAUUAAGGAAAGUGCGGUGAGAUACUUACAGGAUUCCGUCCAUAAAGACUAUUUUCACUGGAAGCACCACUUUCAUAUUAACUUUUGUAUUAAAUAUUUUUCGAUGACAAAACACUCUUAUCGAGAUAUAAUAGUAGUAGCAGUAGUGAGCUACUUGGUAUAACCAAAAUCAAACUCGGCAGGAUUGUUGAACUUUACUUUCUGCGGAUAUGUAUCUGCUGAGUUAUUCACAAAACCGCAAAUUGCCAACCAGUAUCGAUAUACCAUAUACGAAUUCUUGCCUUCCCUCGUAAUUACAGGGCGUGGUCACUGAAAGGCGUGCAUUGCCAUAUAAACCGUAUACAUAAUAAUAGACGCGCCUGGAAGGGGAGUUUCCGCGGAAGUCCUAGAUAAAAAACGUCAUCGUCUAACCUGCACGCAUUUCGUGGAAAAGUUGCAAACGUGCGGUAGAAUUAUGGCUGAUACGCGGACAGAAAGAUCCAUCCUGGUAUUCCCUAAACGUUUCAUGGUGGUCACCGGAAUAUGGCGCGCGUCUUCGAUCACUUCACACCCGACGAUGCAGAAAGUAUACGUGGCCUAUUGUAUCUUCAUCAAACUAUACUACACGCUGUUCGUGACGUCACUCAUCACUGAAUUCGCUCUUAGUGUAGCGUCGACCAAUUCGGUAGAGUUUACGCAAUUAUCUUACAUUAUAUCAGCGCUGACGAUGUUUUACGCUACAUUGGUCUGCGACACCGUCAACUUCAAGCGGAUCAUAUCUUACAUCGAAGACCCAGUCAGCCCUCUGGCUCGACGCGAGGACGAAGAGAUCUCGAAAUUGCACUCGCGACAUCUAAAAAUUGGUAAAGUUGUCAGCACGAUUUUGGUUCUCACCGUAGCGAGUACCGGGUCUGCCGUUGUUUUCGAAAAUAUAUGGCGUAACGUGGUGAAUAUAAAGCACCAUUCCGGUACAAACGAUACCGCCUUAUCCAUCGCGAACUUGUACUACUUCGGAAUAUUUCGCAGACCUAAAAUCGUUUUUGCCUUUGUCGAAGAUUUUCUGUGCGUGUUCAACACUAUCCUGACACUGGCGACAAAAAGCAUUACGCUUACCUGUAUGAUAUUCGCGUCCUACGCGUUACAGGAGCUUCAGCUUGGGUUCAGGAGGAUAGGAGCCGAAAGAAACUUUAAGCUAAACCUGGAACAAGUAAUUUCGCAACAUCGGAAUGUAAUUAGCUACGUAAACUUAUUGAACCGCAUGGUGAAGUAUUUAAUUUUAUUCGAGUGCGUGUUCGAGUCAUUGAACGUCGCUGCCAUCUCAGUUCAGAUGACGAAGUCGGAAUCCCAAUCGUUCCUUUCGUUGGCUUUAUACUUGAGUUACGUCCUAAUUCAAAUAUUCCUGCUUGGCUGGACCGCUAACGAAAUAAAAAUUCAGUUUAUAUUACACUCACAGAGCGUGGCCUUGUCAGACGCCCUAUACGAGUCCCCUUGGUACGAACAAAGCGAAUCGAUAAAGAAGGUGAUACUGGUAAUGAUUAAGCUGGCCCAGAAACCUUUGACGUUGACUGUCGGUCCCUUUGACGCGAUGACGAUGCAGUCUGCUCUGGCGAUCAUCAAGGCAUCUUAUUCGUAUGUUACUCUAAUCACGAAUAUCUACCAAUAGUUUCAUCCACGGACAAGCUGGUGUCUAAGUGAGGUUUAAUUAAUUAAGUAAUAAAUAAAAAUAUUGCAAAUUU